UAGGAACAGACAUUUACUCAUUCAAUCAUUUACUCAUCGAUCUAUAAGAUAAGAAAACGGUUCUUUUGAAAUCUGUUGUCUAUCAUGGUUAAGUUUUUGAACCUGCAGCUUAAAAUCCUACAAUUUUCAAUUAUUUUGAACUUAGAAGUGAGCAUUUCGAGCUUUGGCGGCAGCGAAUGCCUCCAUAAUAUUCUGGAAAUCCAAGUUCUUGACUAACUCUGCCUCUAGACAUAGUGUAGCUAGUCCUGAAAUCUUGUGCACCUUGUGACGAGCAUGAUCGCUGAAAAAUUGUUGAUCCUUGCUAUAGCACUAAACGAACGUUCACCACUUGAAGCAAAAACGGGUAAAGUGCAACAUAUUCACAAACCGAUGUAAAUAUUUGGGAAAAGUCUUCCUAAUUUUCGAGCAUUAAUGGCAUUCAAUAAGUUGUAUGGUGUAAGUUUAAAAAUUGGCGUCAUAGACGUGUAUGAGGUGAAUAACUUCAAUGGACAACUUAUCAGAUACAACAACGGUAUACUUUUGUGACAUAGAAAGUGUUUCUUUUGAAUUCAAUUUCUUCUGUCAAGCUACUGACUAUUCCCUUAAUUUUUUGGAAAAUACGGACCCCUUCUAGAAUUAAUUAAAACUUAGACUGUUUAUCCAGUAAGCGGAAUCGUCCGCUUUUUAUAUUUAUUUAGUAUCUAUUUAUAAUGGCAACAUAUGGUUUUGAAAGCCAUUAGUAAUUAUUACAGUAUAUAAAAAAAACAAUAAAAGUAUUACCAAUUCGGAUCCCAAGAGUAAAUAAAAUGUGGCAGCUGUAUAGCCUGACUGCAUUCUAAAAACUCGCCAUAUGGCCAAAUGUUAUUUUAUCCAACCAUCGAACUAUUAUCUACCAAAGCUUGCAAGUGAGCGGCGGCUGCUAGCGCGGAAUAGCCAAGGAAGAAACAUAUUCAGCUAAAGCUCGCUUAUGAGUAUUAAAUUUACUUUGUAUCACUCUCACGCUCGUUAACGUCGGUGCUGCAAAUUUAUCUUUUGACACGCUCUCACAAACACUCAAUGUGAAACUCGUUCUUUUGUUGCUCAAAUGAUCAUGUUGAGAUCACAAGCAAGCUUUUAUCAGACUGUAAGAGAUAUUCGUGGAUUAUGAAAGUGUGAUAAAGUUGUGUGUAAAAAUAGAAAACGCAAAAUUAAAAAUAUUGAACGACGGAAUAAUAACAAACGUCAAAUGUGUGCCGCCACAAAUAAUACACAAUAUAAUUUCAAUAGUAAUACUCAACAAAAUAAUGCCGACAACAAUUCAAGUAGUUCCAAUACACAUUUGGAUAAAGAUAAAUGUGAAAAACUCAAGCGUUUCAUUUUAAUUGGUCUGCUGGUAGUGUUGGGCAUUGUGGGAUGGCACAUCUACGAGUACUUCUAUGCGGGCAAAGGUGGCAGUGGCGAUGAUGACACGUUUGUUGAACAUGAAAUUAUUGAUCUCACACAGCGUAUUUUCGCCGACGAAAUGCGUACCAACAACUAUCCGAUCAACGUGAAUUUUCAGGGGAAAACAAAAUCUUUCGCGCGUGACGACCGUGCAGCCGAGCCUUUACUCCAGACGGAUGAUGCGUUGUACUUAACAGACGCCUCAACCACCAUUCCAUUGUUGCGUCGGCUAUUCGAUAACUAUCUACUAGACGUGAACGCAGUAGAAACCACCACGGCAGAGCAGGCGCAGGAAGAGUUGGAUUUUCUCAAUGCUGUGCUUAAAACCUCAAUAAUGAAGCAUACAAUGCUAUUUCUGCAACAGCGAGGUCUCGUUGCCGCCAAUCACAAGGCACAAAUUGAAUUACUGAAGAGCGUUUGGUUUACCCAGUAUUCACGUUCGAGAGGACGGAUGGGUAGUUCAGGUUUUGAGCAUGUAUUUCUGGCCGAACUACGCGAUGACACCAUUUUGGGUUUACACAAUUGGAUUUACUUUCAUGAGCAAGAAGCCCAAGGCAAUUUGGAUUAUAAAGGGUUUAUCGAGAAAAUCCAAUUGGAUAAGAACAAAUAUGUCCUUGCAACACGUUUCACAUUCCACAAUCAUAUUAAGCCAUAUAACACCCUUUUUAUUGGCACUUCACCGGAAUUCGAGUUGAGUGUUUACACUGUCUGCUUCCUGUUACAUGUGGAAGAACCAUGUCCGGUGCAAAUGGGAAAUACUAAAUUCAAUAUUAAUACAAAUGCUUGGAAUUGGCAUGGACGGAAGACAUUGGCAGCAGCUUAUCCGAGCUUGGAGAAAUGAAAUGUGUAAUUUGCUUUAAAGCUUCCGCUUCAUUCAGAGCAAUUACCUGGAGGCUGUUUUGCUGAUUUUCUUAUGAUAUUAUUUAAAAAAAAAAUAUAUAUUAACUGUUUUGUGAAAUUCGUUAUCUAUUAAGAAGAGUCCUUAAAAAAAAAUAAAUUCAUAAGUUAGAAGUUAUUUGAAACGUAGAACGCAGUAACGGUAUCGAUAA